AUGAACGUUGCUGAAAUAGGCGAACUAAAAAAACAAUUGACUAAGGCUUUAACUGAAAAUGCCCAUUUGAUGCAAAAGAACCAGUUGUUAGAAUUAAAGUUAAAGGAGACAGAAGAACGCAAUUGUAAUAUAUAAAAAAUGAAUGGAACUAUUAUGCAUGUACUAAAUGAUUUGAAUGUGUAAAAUAAUCGACCUUCCACUGAGAUUUUAAAAUAAUAGGAUUAAUUCAAUAUGAAAUUGAUGUAAUGUCAAAAAAGAAUCGAGUCCUACGAAUCUUAAAUUAAGAAUUUAUAGACUCAAUUGCAAGAAGCACUCAUUUCUAAGAAUGAACAAACUCAAAGAAUAACGCAAUUACAAGAGCAUGAUUCAUAAUUGCUUAAAUAGAUAGGGGCUCUUGAAUCAUCUGUUAAAACAUUGACUGGACAAUUGUAGUUGCAAAGUAAACAAACUUAAGAGUUUUCAUAAUAAUUGGAGGAUGUUGAAUUUGAGAGUCAAAAAGCCAAAUUUUCAUAGAGUGUCAAGAUCGAAGAAUUAAAUGAGGAGAACAUGAAAUUAAAAGAAGAAUUGAAGUCUCUUAUGGGAUAAUACUUAAGAAAGACUUCCUCUUCCAUGUAAAGCAGUAUGCCAGCUUCACCUUAAAAUGUGAAAUUAUUACCAGCACCACCACAGACCACCACCACUCCAAUUUCUAAGAAGCAGACACCUAAGAAGAGAACUACAACAAUCUCUCAAUGGAAGAAAUGA